CAUGCCAGUUUAUUACAGCAGUUCUACGAUGUCGUGUGCUCGAGAACGCCUUGUUUAGAGUUGCAUAGUAGUGCCCAAAUUUAAACAAAGUCCACCCCGCUGAACGCGUGCGCUUAGUUACACAAACUCAAGAAGCAAAGAGGAGGAAGAGCGCACUACCGCGUCAGAAUUGGAGUUUGAAGAGACAACAAGAAGCAGCCGAGCUGCAACGACUGCCUUACUUUUCAAGGAUGGAGGAUUCACCAGUCAAGCCAUCUGUGGCCGAACUGGCAGGAAGGUUCAAGAAUCACGCGCUGCCAACGCCGGCCGGGAACGAGGAGAGGAAACCUGUGCGAAGGAAACCUCCUGCCUCUUUGCAGUUACGCAACCUACACGGCGAAAGCGAACCGGAGAAACCCACUGUCAUAUCCCCUCACCCACCUAAAGUCAAGCUAAAGAAUUCACCCCUCAUCGAAAAACUGCAGGCCAACCUCGCCCUGUCUCCCACUGGUCAUUUACCAUCGCCAAAGAGUCCCGAGUUGAAACUUCAACCCACUCCCUUUUCUCCGGUCAGUGGUCCCCUCAGCCCCACCCUGCGCCCCCCGUCACAGCACAGCGAGGAUGAGGUGCCCGUCAGCUUCGAGCAGCCUGCAGAGGGUACCCCUCUGCCCAGUAUCAACAAGAGUCGGGCUCGGCUGUCAUUCAAAAGGAGACCGCCCACUAGACAGCACAGGAAGUCUGCAUCUGAGGACGCAGGGUUUGAGUCAGGUGGAGAGAGCAAGUCUCCAACUGAGCUGGAAAACCCCCAGCAGAACGGGAAUGGAGAGGAGGUGUUCAAGGAGGUGACGGAGGAAUCCGACGGAACUCAACAGAAUCCCUCUCAGCAACCGUCCGCUGCUCCAGAAACUGAGGAGCAGGAUGGAAAAAGCUCAGAAGUAAAAGACACAACACAGAAAGGCCCAAGCCAGGACACCGAGGGCAAGGAUGACAUCCCAGCUGAAGAGCAAGGGGUCAGGGUAGAGACUUCAGGCGAACAAGUGGUUCCUGGUUCAAUAGAGGACCACCAAGGAGAAGAACCUCCAGAGCCAAAGACAGUUGGACCAAGUGAAGGUCAAACUCCUCAGGAGUCCCCAGUUACUGAGGAAGAGGACAGUAGCGAGAAGGACAAAGACACUGGAGAGUGAGCGAGGCAAAGGG